GCGGGAAGCGCGGGGCGGGCUGGACAAUGAGAGUGUCCGCCUCCUGAGCCAAUAAAGCUGCGCUGGUUUUGAAUCGCGUCGUGUUUCCCGCCGCCGGGGUCAGGGGUCGGGGUUCGGGUCGCGGGGCGGAGGGAAGAGCGAGCGAGCGAGCGAGCGAGCGGGCGGGAGGUGCCGGCGCCAGACGCGGAGGAAGGAGCUGCGACCAGCCGCCGAGAGGCCGCGGAGCCAGCGACGACCGAGCCAGACGAGCCGCCGCCGCCGCCGCGCUCAUGGCGGCCGCCAAGGACACCCACGAGGACCACGACACCUCCACUGAGAAUGCUGACGAGUCCAACCACGACCCCCAGUUUGAACCAAUAGUCUCUCUUCCUGAGCAAGAAAUUAAAACGUUGGAAGAAGACGAAGAGGAGCUUUUCAAAAUGCGGGCGAAGCUGUUCCGGUUUGCCUCGGAGAACGACCUCCCAGAAUGGAAGGAGCGCGGCACAGGCGAUGUCAAGCUCCUGAAGCACAAGGAGAAGGGGACCAUCCGCCUCCUCAUGCGGAGGGACAAGACUCUCAAGAUCUGCGCCAAUCACUACAUCACGCCGAUGAUGGAGCUGAAGCCAAACGCAGGUAGCGACCGCGCCUGGGUCUGGAACACCCACGCAGACUUCGCAGACGAGUGCCCUAAGCAGGAGCUUCUGGCCAUCCGCUUCCUUAACGCUGAGAAUGCACAGAAAUUCAAAACGAAGUUUGAAGAAUGUAGGAAAGAGAUUGAAGAGAGAGAAAAGAAAGGAUCGGCCAGGAAUGACAGUGCCGAGUCGGUGGCUGAGAAGCUGGAUGCUCUUACGGUGAAGGAACGCGUGGAGCCGGAGGGCACGGCCAAGGAGGGGGCCGGGGAGGAGCAAUGAGUCCAAGGAGCUCUGUGUUUCCUUUCUCCGCAUCUCUUCCCUCUUUCUUUUUUUAAUUUUUCCCUACCCCUUCUUUUCAGUUCGUUUUUAUUCUGUUUUGUUUUUUACAAGGGACUUUAUAUAAAGAACUGACUUCCAACAUUCAGGUUGUUUUUUUCCUAAGUUUUUGCCCUAUUGAGGACUUCAGAAAGUUCAUUCCCCGGUCAUGAGAACGUGCUGCGCUGACUUUCUUUUCCAUGGUGGAAACACUUAUUUAUAGUCAUCAAAAGUAGUGAAUAAACACAUUUGAAACCUG